ACGGACUCCAAACUCCAAGCUCACAUCGACGAAAUGUCAUCACGACGGGACUCGGAUUUUGCGCGUCUAGAGCAGUUGCUUCUGGAAGAGCGGCGAAUUCGACAGGAAGCAGAAGAGCGGGCAGAACGGGAGCGACGACGUGCGGAAGAAGAGCAACAACGUGCGGAAGAAGAGCGGCGAAUCCGAAUAGAAGAGGAGAAAAAGACACGCCGUACGACAUUCGAAGAAUACUUAAGCACCUGCCAUAUACACCUCUCGAGACCACUUCGCAUCCAGACAGACAAGAGCCUUAGUACUCAGGGCUCUAUCACUCAUCCGAAGAACAAGCCGUGCCCGACCCUGUUGAAGCCUUGGACGGACUUUCCAAUAUUGCAGCAGCAGCUUUUUGACAAAAUUCAUGAAUGUAUCCCAAAAGACGCAAGACUUUUCAGCUCCGUCCAACAUCUCAAAGAGCUUGGCCAAGACCUCUGUGAUCGGCCACUGGCAAGCGAGAAGGAUUUGGAGACAUACCAGCGUUUAGCUAUUGAACGGCCGACAACCAACAUUGUCUCUCACCUCCUACAGAUAGACGAGGCCCGUCGUAGAUUUGAUCUAGGCGAAGGUAUCACUUUUGAAAACCAUGCCAACACUCUUAGCGGUAAGGAUGACGAGGUUCAAGAUAAUCUUCAGAAUGAUCAGAUUUGUGUAUACAAGGAGGCAGAUGGUACACGAAGCCUGUGCAUGGUUGUUGGACACAAAUCGUCUCACAAGCUGUCUGUUUCUCAUCUACGGGCUGGACUUUUACAAGCUGAUAAUGGGUCUAUGAAUAUUCCGGAGGGUGUUAUCAAUCGUAUCACGAUACCGACAGAUCCAGAUGAGAAGUUUGUAUACAACUCCGAGUUACUAACAGUAGCGGCUCUAACGCAAACGUAUUCUUAUAUGAUUGAGAACGGCCUCAAGUACAGUAAACUAACCACUGGAGAAGCCGAUAUUUUUCUUUUGAUCAAGAAGAAGGAGCCCCAUACACUAUAUUAUCAUCUCGCAGAGGCUAAAAUCGAAGCCGAGGCCCAGAGUGAGGUGGAUAUCUUACUGUCUCGCACCGCAGUAAGCCAGAACUUGACUUUCUGCAUAAUGGCGCUGGACUCGAAGCCUCAUAGCCAAAAAUGGCGAAAUUACACAUUAGAAAAAGCUUACAAGGCAGUUAUCGACCACGAAGCAAUCUUACGGCAGAUACCCCCUGACGAGAAGGCUAUGACCCCGCCGCCAUCAGGUUUUCAAGCACGGGUUCAUCUUGUCAAGCGCUCGCCGGUUGGGAAGCAUAAGCAGGGGAAGAAUAGCUGUGAUAUCAUAGACGUGCACGAGGAUCCAGAGAGCCCCUCUAGCUCAUCAGAUGAUUUCUCAGAAGUUGAAACGCCCCGCAAGCCAAAGGCCCGUACAACGCAGCCCGGAAACAGGCCAGCCAAUGUCAAAACGCCGCAGAUACCCGAACAAAAUGGUAUCCGCUGCCAUCGACAAUACUGUACUCAGGCUUGUCUGCUAGGGUUGGUUCGAGGACGACCCUUAGAUGAAGCUUGCCCGAACGUCUCGGCACACCGUAGCCAUAAAGCUAGCAACUGCCAUGCUCUAGAGGGGAAGACUCUCGCCCAGGGUAUACAACAUCAACUUGAAAGAAGCCUUGACUACGGAUGUGAACCUCUUGGAAAGCAAGGCGCCCGGGGUGCUUUGUUCAAGUUGACCUUGUACUCUCAUGGAUAUACCUUCGUCGCCAAAGGGACCGUGGAAGCUUUUAUUCCAGCGUUAAAGCAUGAAGGACGUAUAUAUCGACACUUAAUCGGAUUUCAAGGGGAACUCAUUCCGGUAUACCUUGGGAAUAUCUCUCUAGUCAAAACAUACUUUCUCGACUUCGGAGUCAGAAUAGUGCAUAUGCUCCUCAUGUCCUGGGCGGGUGAGCGGGCCGAGAACCUGAUGUCCGGUCUGGGAAGGGAUUUCGUCGAGGAAAUACGACGGGCUGUCCGAAAGCUUCUGGAUUACGGAGUAGAGCAUGGCGAUGUAAGGUCACCGAAUGUGCUAUGGAAUGCUGAAAGCAAGCAAGUGAUGCUGGUGGACUUUGAACGCUCAACCAUCUUGAAGCCGGCUUCAACUCUCCAGGAGAUAUCGCCUAACAGUAAACGGAAGAAUCUUCACCCUAAUAAAGUAUUAAAGGGAUAUCCUACGAUGGGGCGUUCUCCAGGGGGGCUGUAGCUCAAGCAGGUGUCUGCCAUACUACAAUUAGCAAACGCACGAUUCCUAAUGAAUGAAAUUCUGGAGAUAUUAGGUCUUGAGCCUUAAACCUCGCUGGCGAGGUCAUGGUUGUGGAGGCAGGGCGAAAACAAUACUUGGGAACCCGGCGCAUCUUGGAGCACUUGGACUACGCUGGAUUAUGCUGGAGUAUGUUGGAGCUUGGAUCUUGCUUGCGAUGAUACCCAUGUAUGUCAUAAUUGGUAAUCCACUGUUUUGAAUGAUGCUUUGUGG